AUGACGUUCAGCGGCGUAAUCAGGCGGCAGCUAAGCUUGCUGUACAUAUUUCCAAAGGCAGGCGCGUCAGUGCAUUUUGUUCCGGUGAGAAACUUUGGCAUUGCGGCUAGAAUAGUCCGUUCGUUGUUGCGGUUGCGCUAUCUACUGUUAGGCAGUGUGAUCGGCGGCGGUGUGACGUUGAGUCAGGUAUUGGCGAGGACGAUCAUUAAGGCAAUACAUACCAUUGAUUUCACGCUUCACUCUUGGAUUGAGCAGUUGCCGGAUUUCAGCGGUUUAAAAACGUUUCUGCCAAACGACGAGCAAACACAAAACAUGCUCAGUGCUCUUGAAGACUUAUCAUCGUUUCAUGAAAAAUGGACGCAGAGCAGCGACUUUCUAACGGAUCAAGUUAAGUUUGCUCGCGAACACUUCCCGUCAAGAGGCGUUCGGUCGAUAAUUGAUAACUUGAAGCGGUCCGACGGUGGCAGCGGUUUGGUGGUCGACCUUAGCAAAGACGAUGGGGCUUGUGGAAUCGCAACCACAGCGAUCGAAUCGGCAGUUAACCACAGUCAAACUUUGGACGACGCUGAAACCGAAAGCGAAACGGAAGCGGAAGCAGGAGACCCUGAAAAAAUCAAAAAGCUGAAGGAUGACAUUAUGCAAACCCAGAUUAAAUACCAAAGAGAGAUCGAACGUCUUUCACGAGAGAACGAGGAACUCAGGCAGCUGCUGCUGCUACGCCAAGAAAAGUCGUCGAGGAUGCGGCACGCCAAGAAAUCACUGAUCGACAUGUACUCAGAGGCGCUCGACCUCCUGGUAGAUUACGACUCGUCAUUUAGCACCCAGGAUCACCUUCCGCGAGUAGUAGUCGUUGGUGACCAGAGUUCGGGAAAAACCAGUGUUCUGGAGAUGAUCGCACGUGCGCGCAUUUUUCCACGAGGAUCUGGUGAAAUGAUGACCCGGACGCCGGUAAAGGUUACCUUAAGCGAAGGUCCUUACCAUGUUGCCAAAUUCAAAGACAGCAACCGAGAGUUCGAUUUAACGAGGGAACAGGAUCUCGUUGAGCUUCGAAACGAAAUCGAGUAUCGCAUGAAGAACAGUGUAAAGGAUGGGAAAACGGUCAGCAGUGAAGUUAUCGCUCUGACCGUCAACGGUCCGGGCCUUCCUCGAAUGGUACUCGUCGAUCUGCCAGGUGUCAUUAGUACGGUUACCACAGAGAUGGCAACGGAGACGAAAGACGACAUAGUUGCUAUAUGUCGCACAUACAUGGAAAACCCUAAUGCGAUCAUUCUUUGCAUUCAAGAUGGCUCAGUGGAUGCCGAGCGAAGCAACGUUACCGACCUCGUAUCAUCGAUUGAUCCCAAUGGAAAAAGAACGAUUGUUGUGUUGACUAAGGUGGAUUUGGCGGAACAAAAUCUCUUGAACCCCAACCGCAUAAAAAAAAUUCUCGAAGGAAAGCUGUUUCCAAUGAAGGCAUUGGGUUACUACGCCGUUGUCACCGUACUAAAGCCAUCUCAGAUGACCACGCAGAACAUGUCGCUAGCGGUCAGUGAGUGCUUCUGGAAGAUGGUCAAAGAGUCAAUCGAGCAACAAGCAGACGUGUUCAAGGCUGCACGGUUUAACCUUGAAACCGAAUGGAAAAACACCUAUCCAUCCCUCCGUGAAUUGGACAGGGGCGAACUGUUCGACAGAGCGAGAAGUGAAAUUUUGGACGAAAUAACAAAUCUCAGCCAAAUUACAUUUAAGCAAUGGGAAGAGGCUAUUCAAAAGAAGCUGUGGGACAAAAUGGUUCACUACGUUUUUGAGAACAUUUUCCUUCCUGCGUCAGUGGCUGAAAAUCACGGCACAUUUAACACAAUCGUAGACAUCCGUCUAAAACACUGGGUGGAUCAUCAGUUACCCAGGAAAAGCAUUGACGCCGGCUGGGAGACACUCAAAGAGCAAUUCCUUCGAUUAAUGCAGCAGGACACCCACAAAUGGGACAGUAAAGCGUUCGAAUAUCUGGUACGUUCGAUGAACGUUUGUAGUCUAAUGAACUUAUUCAUUUUACCAUGGUUGCAGAGGGUGAUGCAACUUAACGCGCUGGAUGACCAUUCGGUUCCAAACAAGAAGACAUGGGAAGAGGCGGCGAAGUUCAUGGAGUCAGUGUUGAACGAUCGAUUCGUGAAUACAUCGAAGAUCCUCAAGGAAUUGACUGGUCCAAGUGUCAUCGAGCAGUGGCUUCAGUGGAAGUCACCAAAAGAGUCGCAGUUGAAGCGGCAAGUUGUCAGUGAAGAGCUUAAGCGAAUUCUUCGCGUCGACCCUGAUAGAAAACCGUCGUUGACCGCUGAAGAGAUCGUCGUCAUCAAAAACAACCUGUUAUCCAAAGGUGUUGACAUAAGUUCUGAGGAAUUACGUGAGUUUUGGCAUCAGCUGUUCAGAUACGAAUUUAUACAGCAAACUCUGGAUUGUACGCGCGAAUGCAAAUCGCUGUUUUUCCAUUAUCAGAAGGGCUUUCAAGAUAACGAAGUUGACUGCAGCUCAGUGGUUCUAUUUUGGAGGGUGAAGCAAAUGCUGCAAAUUACGACUAAUGCACUAAGGCAACAGAUUACAAACACCGAAGCACGACGACUUGAAAAAGAGAUUAAAGAAGUGCUGCUUGAAUGGUCGGAAAAUCCGAUCGUAAAAAGUCAGUUCAUCGCUGGUCAUCGAGUUGAGCUGGCUGAAGAAUUAAAAAAAGUACGACUUAUUCAAGAGAAAUUAGAAGAAUUCAUUAACGCAUUAAAUAAUGAAAAGACAACCAAUUCUUGA